AUGUGGUGUUAUAGCUUUUUAUGUGAGUAGAAAAAAAAGCAACAUUGUUGUUGGGGAAAGCCGUAGUGAUCGUUUAGGCCAAUCAUAUUGGACCAUGCUUUACAAAAACACGCCUUCCAUCAUGGGACGCCCAAUCACAAGAUUGUUUUUCAUAAGAGGGCGUUGAAGUGCCCUUUUUGUAGGCUUAUUACAAUCUCAAAACACUCCCUGCUAUCAGGCUGUGACGUAUACCCCGAUGCGGACAGCGACGCAGGGCUGGGUUUCCAUUUUCGCUUCGAGUUUCGGGCGGAACAACAAUAUGGAGCCGGAGAUGGAAGACAAAACGCUGGAGCUAAUGACCAUGACCACCAUGGACCCCCAGAAUCACUCAGACGACCUUUCGCCAAAGAAGACCACAUCACUCAAGAUGGGUGGCAACGGAGUGGUGGCCGGCUCGCGGAAGAGGCCGUCGCAGGGCAACUUUGACAAGGAGAAGGACGUGUGCAUCCAGCUGUUCGACCAGUGGUCGGAGGGCGACCAGGUGGAGUUCGUGGAGCACCUCAUCUCGCGCAUGUGCCACUACCAGCACGGACACAUCAACUCCUACCUCAAGCCCAUGCUCCAAAGGGACUUCAUCACUGCACUGCCAGCGCGAGGCCUGGACCACAUAGCGGAGAACAUCUUGUCGUUUCUGGAUGCGCGGUCGCUGUGCUCGGCCGAGCUGGUGUGUAAGGAGUGGCAGCGGGUCAUCUCCGAGGGCAUGCUCUGGAAGAAGCUGAUCGAGCGCAUGGUGCGCACAGACCCCCUCUGGAAGGGCCUCUCCGAGAGGCAUCAGUGGGAGAAGUACCUCUUCAAGAACCGCACGACAGAAGUCCCUCCCAACUCCUACUACCACUCGCUUUACCCCAAAAUCAUUCAAGACAUAGAGACCAUCGAGGCCAACUGGCGGUGUGGUAGGCAUAACCUGCAGAGGAUCCAGUGUCGCUCGGAGAACAGCAAGGGAGUCUACUGCCUGCAGUACGACGACGACAAGAUCAUCAGUGGCCUUCGAGACAACUCCAUCAAGAUCUGGGAUAAACAGUCUCUGGAGUGUCUGAAGAUCUUGACGGGCCAUACAGGCUCGGUGUUGUGUCUGCAGUAUGACGAGCGGGUCAUCGUCACCGGAUCAUCAGACUCCACUGUCAGGGUGUGGGACGUGGGCUCGGGCGAGGUGCUCAACACCUUGAUCCACCACAACGAGGCGGUGUUGCACCUGCGCUUCUGCAACGGGCUGAUGGUGACGUGCUCCAAGGACCGCUCCAUCGCCGUCUGGGACAUGGCCUCGCCCACCGACAUCAGCCUGCGCCGCGUGCUGGUGGGCCACCGAGCCGCAGUCAACGUGGUCGACUUUGACGACAAGUACAUCGUCUCCGCCUCGGGAGACCGCACCAUCAAGGUGUGGAGUACCAGCACGUGUGAGUUUGUGCGUACCCUGAACGGCCAUAAGAGGGGCAUCGCCUGUCUGCAGUAUCGGGACCGGCUCGUGGUCAGCGGCUCCUCGGACAACACUAUCAGGCUGUGGGAUAUAGAGUGUGGGGCGUGUCUGCGGGUUCUGGAAGGCCAUGAGGAGCUGGUUCGCUGCAUUCGAUUUGACAACAAGCGUAUCGUCAGUGGAGCAUACGACGGUAAAAUUAAAGUGUGGGACCUGCAAGCAGCCCUGGAUCCCCGUGCUCCAGCCAGCACCCUGUGUCUUCGCACACUAGUGGAGCAUUCGGGCCGCGUGUUCCGUCUCCAAUUCGACGAGUUCCAGAUCAUCAGCAGUUCCCAUGACGACACCAUUCUCAUCUGGGACUUCCUGAACGUCACAGCCAACGGCCAGCCAGAGGGACGCUCGCCCUCGAGGACCUACACUUACAUCUCCAGAUAGCAGGUGCCUCUGCUGUGUGGUAGUGUGUCCUGGGAAAGCUGAGAGCUGAUUGGCUGGUUUUGGCUGCGACUGCGCUUGGUUGGUUGGGCCCCAGAGAGGAGGGAGGAGCCCCGGGGACUGACCCUCCUCUUCUUCCUCCAUCUCUUUUUCCUCUCCUUCUCUCCAUCUUUCCCCUCCUUCUCUUUCAUCUUCCCACUGUUCACCAUGUUGACCAUAUGCACCACUGUGCUGUGCAUUCAUCUAUCAGUGAGUUAGCCCCCCCUCCUCCAAUUAUGAAAAACUGCACUUUACAAACACUGUCCCGUCCGUUUGACGUUCACCACCAACCCCCCUCCACCCCCAUUUUUUUUGUUUUUCCCUUGCCUGAAAAAGGUCGUCUCAAACCACCGCCAUUCGCCAUCACUUGAAGUGUGCAGCUCAGCUCGUAAUUUAAGUUCUCAAUGCCAGCUCUAUUUAUAUACAGAAGUCCUGAAAAGCACAUAGUUGCACUCUUUAACUCCCCCACCAACUUUCAGACUCACUCACUCACUCCCUCCCUCACUCACUCCCACACAUACCCUCGCACAGACACAGACACAUACACACCUCCUCCUCUCCUAACCACUAGUAUGGUCCUCUACAGUUCCUUUGGGGAGGCCGUUCCUUAAAUCUUUGUCCAGCCUGUUUGGGUCGCCGUCGCUGUAGAGAUGCCACUGUAGAUAUAACAAACAGUAAUAAGCUUAGCAGUUAGCGUCAAUCAGCAGCCAACUCUCCUACUAGUUAAAUUAGCCGCCUAACUUAACAACUUGCGUACUUAGAACUACUUACACAGGACACUAGCCAUACAGCAGAGAGAUAGGUGUUCGUUAUUCUCUCGCUUUUUCUCUCUCCUCUUUUGUCCACUGCACCCCCUCCCCCCCCUUCUCCCAUCCCACUUUCUUUCUGUUUUCCAUCCUUGUUCCUUUGUUUAUUUUUCUCCUCCUCCUUUUUGAAAUUACCAUGGAUGGGACCGCUACACGCUGGCUCGCACGCACGCUCUUGCUCGUUCACAAGCGGAAGGAUGGGACGGACACAUGGCACGAGCAUGAACGCACAUCUGAGACAAAGACUCUUGUGCAAGGCUCAGGAAAGUGAAACAAGGACCUGAUCAGUCGUUUUGAUUGGUUGGUUGGUUUUUUCGACUGACAGGAUUUCAGUUAUUUAUGCAGAUGGGAUGAUGGGCUGACUUCAGGAAGUGAGAGACUUGUGGUCCGGUCCAAUGUUGACCGAUGAGGAUGUGAGGACCGGGAGGAAAGUCAGGCUCUUACGAAGCCUGCAGUGGCCUUUUUCUCCAAGGGCAUGGAACGCGAUGGGCUGCUGGGACUUGAUUGACAAGCUGGCAGCACCAAACAAAACUGCAGUGUCUGACUUUUGGUGGGUGGGUGGUUGGGUUGACAUGUUGCCUCGCCCCUCGCCACCCCCACAGUUUGUCUCGUGACUUGUAUGUUUGUGUGUUGUUUUUGUUAUUUCUUUUAUUGUUUUUCAUCGAGGAGAUUGCUGUGCAUGUGAGGCCAAAAGGGGAAGUGGUUUCCUGCCAAGCCUCUUUCUUUCUUUCUUUAACCUUUUUCUUCUUCCUCUCUUCCUUUGGAAACUGCCCUUCAUACCAUUUCCUCAUAUGCCACUGUUGUUUUUUUUUUUUUUAAAGGAAAAAAAAAAAUGGAUACGUGGUCAUUUUGUUCUUGGACAGAUUAUAUCAGACAUUGUAAUUUAUCUUUUCAUCCAGUGUCAAUUCUCUCUCUCGCACUCUCUCUCUCUCUCUCUCUCUCUCUCUCUCUCUCUCUCUCUCUCUCUCUCUCUCUCUCUCUCUCUCUCUCACCUCUGCCUGUAUUUGCCUGCCUUUUUCUUUUGUUCUAAGGGUCCUGUGUCUUGAAACUGAUUUUAGCUGUAAACAAAAACUUGUCUUGUCAAAACUGUGUUGUAUAAUAUAAGAGUUUUUUUAAAAAUGGAUAAAACAUUAUUGUGAAUAAAAGACUUUACUGUG